GGGGUGGAAACAUCCGUCUCUGGGCUGUCCUUCAAGCUGCCUAGAUCUUAUGGCAAAAUCGGGAGCUCGGCGCGACAGUCCGCACAAGUUCGUUCUUGCGCGCGUUGUAAUGGCGGCCGUAGCUACCGUCUUCCCCGGCCGAUUCUCCUCGGAUUUGUUCCUAGCGGUUCAGAGGUCAUUGGCUCAUUGCCACGUGGCUUACUCGCGGAAAUAGAGUGCAUAGUUU